AUCAGCAAAGUCCAUCUUGGGGGGGAAUCCAGAGUCCUGAGCCCUGGACUCUCCCCACUGAGUCCCAAACCAGGAGACUGAUCUGCUUCCAGGCCCACCUCCUCAGUGACACCCACCUCCCCCUCCUCCGUGCUUUCUCUCUUUCCCAGGAAAACAGGUCUCAUGGCCUCCUCCUCUCUCUUUGUUCUCCAGCACCUUGGGCUGGCUCCUUGCAGAGGACUGGCUCCAGCCAUAGCUUGCCAGGAUACAGAAUUUUGGCCAUUCUCUAUGCCCAGGAAGCCACUCUGCAGUGACACCUGCCCUCUAGAGGUCUCUGCAAUGAUCACACACCUGUAUCCCACCAGCUUGAUACUUGAGUAACACAUGGGGAAACUGAGGUACACACUCCGUAUUCAGACAAAACAUUAAGAACAUUCCUGCUUCAUCACACCCCUCUGAGACCAGCCCAGGGGCACUUUCUCCAGUGGCUGGAACCCCUCUAACCAUACCAGCCCCUCAGCCUGAGCCUCCAGGUGAUGGAGAGACCUGGGGAAAGGGCUGGAUCCGGGCAGGGAAAUGACUCUGUACAAAGGGCCCCUUUCAGGGACCAGCUGGCUGAGGAAUCGCGUCCACAUUUCGCUCCAGAUCGGCCUGUCUUCCAGAAGACAGGGAAGGGAAAUGUCUGUGAUGGAGCCACCUCAGAUGCCGGUGACCUUCGAGGAUGUGGCUGUGUAUUUCACCCAGGGGCAGGGGGCUCUGCUGGACCCCAGUCAGAGAGCCCUCUACAGGGAUGUCAUGUGGGAGAACUACGAGACGGUGACCUCGCUGGGAUUCCCCCUUCCCAAACCAGACCUGAUCACCCGGCUGGAACAAGGGGAAGAGCCGUGGGUGCCCAAUCUCCAGGCCUGUGAGAAAAGAGAGAUCCCGAGAGGCGCCCACACAGCAGGUGACGAGAGAGUGAGUGAGAACAAGGAGGGGAAUCAACAGAAGGAAGUUCCUGGGCACGGGGAAUUAAAGGGGACCUCCAUGGGAAGACCCCAUAAGUGCUUAGACUGUGGAAAAAGGUUCAUACGGAGAUCACACCUUCUUUUACAUCAGCGAAUCCACACAGGGGAGAGACCCCACAAGUGCUUAAUCUGUGGGAAAAGUUUCAUACAGAGGUCAACCCUACUUAAUCAUCAGGCAAUCCACACUGGAGAGAGACCUCAUAAGUGCUCAGACUGUGGAAAAAGUUUCACACAAAGAUCAAAUCUUAUGGCACAUCAGGCAAUCCACACAAGAGAGAGACCCCACAAGUGCUUAGACUGUGGAAAAAGUUUCAUACAGAGGUCACACCUUGUUGUACAUCAGGCAAUCCACACAAGAGAAAGACCCCACAAGUGCUUAGACUGUGGAAAAAGUUUCAUACAGAGGUCACACCUUGUUGUACAUCAGGCAAUCCACACAAGAGAGAGACCCCACAAGUGCUUAGACUGUGGAAAAAGUUUCAUACGGAGAUCACACCUUGUUUUACAUCAGCGAAUCCACACAGGAGAGAGACCCCAAAAGUGCUUAAUCUGUGGGAAAGGUUUCAUACAGAGGUCAGACCUUGUUAAACAUGAAGCAGUCCACACUGGAAAGAGACCCCAUAAGUGCUUAGACUGUGGAAAAAGUUUCAUACAAAGGUCAACCCUACUUAAUCAUCAGGCAAUCCACACUGGAGAGAGACCUCAUAAGUGCUUAGACUGUGGAAAAAGUUUCAUAGAGAGGUCAACCCUAUUUAAUUAUCAGGCAAUCCACACUGGAGAGAGACCGCAUAAGUGCUUAGACUGUAGAAAAAGUUUCAUACAAAGGUCAACCCUACUUAAUCAUCAGGCAAUCCACACUGGAGAGAGACCGCAUAAGUGCUUAGACUGUAGAAAAAGUUUCAUAGAGAGGUUAACCCUACUUAAUCAUCAGGCAAUCCACACUGGAGAGAGACCCCACAAGUGCUUAGACUGUGGAAAAGGUUUCAUAAAGAGGUCACACCUUGUUGUACAUCAGGCAAUCCACACAAGAGAGAGACCCCAUAAGUGCUUAGACUGUGGAAAAAGUUUCAUACAGAGGUCACACCUUGUUGUACAUCAGGCAAUCCACACAGGAGAGAGACCCCACAAGUGCUUAGACUGUGGAAAAAGUUUCAUACAGAGGACACACCUUGUUGUACAUCAGGCAAUCCACACUGGAGAGAGACCCCAUAAGUGCUUAGACUGUGGGAAAAGUUUCAUACGGAGGUCAGCCCUACUUAAUCAUCAGGCAAUCCACACUGGUGAGAGACCCCAUAAGUGCUUAAUGUGUGGGAAAAGUUUCAAACAGAGGUCAGAUCUUCUUAUACAUCAAGCAGUGCACACUGGAGAGAGACCUCAUAAGUGCUUAGACUGUGGAAAAAGUUUCAUACGGAGAUCAACCCUACUUAAUCAUCAGGCAAUCCACACUGGUGAGAGACCUCAUAAGUGCUUAAUGUGUGGGAAAAGUUUCAUACGGAGGUCAACCCUACUUAAUCAUCAGGCAAUCCACACAGGAGAGAGACCCCACAAGUGCUUAGACUGUGGAAAAAGUUUCAUACAGAGGACACACCUUGUUGUACAUCAGGCAAUCCACACUGGAAAGAGACCCCAUAAGUGCUUAGACUGUGGAAAAAGUUUCACACAGAAGUCACACCUUGUUAGACAUCAGGCAAUCCAUACAAGAGAGAGACAAUAAGACAAUAAAACUCUGGGAAAGGUUUCAGAAACAGAUCAGCCCUUCUAAACAUGAGGCAAUCCACACACAGGAGAGAGACCCCACAAGUGCUUGGACUGUGGGAAAAGUUUCAUAAGAAGGUCAGACCUUGUUAAACAUCAGGCAUUACACACAGGAGAAAGACCCCACAAGUGCUUGGACUGUGGGAAAAGUUUCAUAAAAAGGUCACACCUAGUUCGCCAUCAGGCAUUACACACAGGAGAGAGACCCCACAGCUGCUUAGACUGUUGGAAAAGUUUUUUACAAAGAUCAAACCUUGUUCAACAUCAGGCAAUCCACACAGGAGAGAGACCCCACAAGUGCUUAGACUGUGGAAAAAGUUUCAUACGGAGGUCGACCCUACUUGAUCAUCAGGCAAUCCACACUGGAGAGAGACCCCAUAAGUGCUUAAUCUGUGGGAAAAUGUUCAUAUGGAGGUUAGACCUUGUUAAACAUCAAGCAAUCCACACAGGAGAGAAAUCCCAUAAAUGUUUGGACUGUGGGAAAAGAUUCACACAAAGAUCAAAUCUUAUGGCACAUCAGGCAAUCCACACAGGAGAGAGACCCCACAAGUGGUUAGACUGUGGAAAAGGUUUCAAACAGAGGUCAAACCUUCUUAAACAUCAGGCAAUCCACACCGGAGAGAGACCCCAUCAGUGUUUAGACUGUGGAAAAAGUUUCAUUUACAGGUCACACCUUGUUGAACAUCAGCUAAUCCACACAGGAAAGAGAUCCCAUAAGUGCUUAGGCUGUAGUGAAAGUUUCAUAUAGAGCUCAGCCCAUGUUUUACAUCAGAGAAUCCACACAGGAUACCCCAUAAGUGCUUGGACUAUGGAGAAUGUUUCAUACUGUGGUCAAGGCUCCUUAAUUAUCAGGCAAUCCACAAAAGAGGGAGACUCCAUAAGUGCUUGGACCGUGGGAAAGGUUUCAGAAACACCUCAGCCCUUCAGAACAUCAGCCAAUCCACACAGGAGAGAGUUCCCAUAACUGCUUAGACUGUGAGAAAAGUUUCAUACAGCGGUCAGACCUUGUUAAACAUCAGGCUAUCCACACUGAAGAGAGACCCCAUGAGUGCUUAGAUUGUGGGAAACAUUUCAGAAACUGAUCAGUCCUUGUUUUACAUCAGAGAAUCCAGAAGACUCCAUAAGUGCUUGGACUGAGCAAAAGUUGUACACAGAGAUCACACCUCAUUAAACAUUGGCGAAUUCACACAUGAUCUAAACUUCUGUGGCACCUGGCCC